ACUGAAGUCCACUAUAUAUCCCCAAGAAACAUAAUUCCUUAUCGACUGAAGAAAGACAUUAACAUCUUGGAUGAUAAUGGGGCCUUUUGCUCAUAUAAAGGAACAUGGAACGCUCAUUUAUUUUGCUCGUGUUAUGGCUUUUCUGUGCAGAUGCGGAUGAAUUGAAGACCAUUUCGGAGAUGGGGGGAAAUUUCAACACUCAGGAUCUCCCAACUCCUAAAAUUAUCAGAAAAAAUCAAACAUGUUCAGAAGGAUCAAAGUGUGUGUUGGAGUGUUCAGCGAAGAUUGUUCCAAAUGGGACUUUAAGCUGGUAUAACGGAAGUAGUUUAAUCUCAAUGACUAAAGUCUCUGAUAUUAACAUUGACCCUUCUCUAUGUCUGGAGGUGGAAUAUCAGGAUGAAAACACCUACAGCUGUGUGCUCAGCAAUCACCUCAGCCACCAGACCAAAUAUCUGGAUAAAAAUCAGCUGUGUCCACCUACAACACAGACAACACAGGUGAUGGUGAUGGAGGGAGAUUCUGUCACUCUGCUCAGUGAUUUUACAGACAUACAGAUGGAAGAUCAUCUUCUGUGGAUGUUUGGACCUAAAGAGACGCCAAUUGCUGAAGUCUUUAAAAAACAGCAGUACAUAGAUGUUCAUGAUACUGGGAAAUUCACAGGCAGACUCCUGCUAAACAAUAAAACUGGAGAUCUCACCAUCACAAACACCAGCAAAACAGACUCUGGAGUCUAUAAACUACAGAUCAACAGCCAUCUUUUCAGAUGUAGUGGUUUCAAUGUGACUGUCUAUGCUCGUUUGCCCACUCCUUUAAUCACCAGAGAUUUUUUACUAUCAUCAUCAGAGUCAUCAUCAGUGUCCAAUUGUUCACUGCUGUGUUCAGUGUUGAAUCAGAUGCUGGGAGUCAAACUGCGACCGGUCAAAGUUCCCCAGCAGUGGCAUCCUGCGGGGACACACCAGACACCAGCUAUGAUGAAGAGGACAAUGAAAAUUUGAUUCCCAGUUCAUCCUCCUUAAGGGCACCACAGGAAUCUAUUUUCUUAUCUAAUCUAUGCUUCAAAUAGUUACAGAGAGCUUUGCCAUGCCAUUUUCCAAGUCCACAUAAGGAUUUAUAAACAAAAAAUUCACUGUUUGGCAUAAAUUGAUGACUCUAGCAGUCAAGUAAAUUAAAUAGAAUAAUUAGAAACUAUGUUUUUUUUUUUUUUUUUUUUUU